AUGGCCACCGCCAACGUUUCGGCUGCCGCGGUGCCAGGAGGCGGUCCCGUAGCGAUGGAUGCUACGACCUCAGGGGCUUCCCGUGAAGCUAGGAUCGCAACUCACUCGCACAUCAAAGGUCUUGGUCUCAGUGAUGAUGGCAACGCAAUGCCAAGCGCGCAAGGCUUUGUCGGGCAAAAGGCAGCACGAGAGGCUUGCGGUCUUGUUCUCGACCUGAUCCGCAUGAAGAAGUUCGCAGGAAAGGCUCUGCUUCUUGCCGGAGGUCCUGGUACCGGUAAGACUGCUCUUGCUCUUGCGGUGUCGCAGGAGCUUGGCCACAAAGUGCCGUUCUGCCCCAUGGUCGGAUCAGAAGUCUACAGCUCCGAAGUCAAGAAGACCGAAGUCUUGAUGGAGAACUUCCGCAGAGCCAUCGGCUUGCGAGUGCGCGAAACAAAGGAGGUCUACGAAGGAGAGAUCACAGAGCUCACACCAACCGAAGCAGAGAACCCGCUUUCCGGUUACGGCAAGACCAUCGCUCACGUAGUUAUCGCGCUCAAAACCGUCAAGGGAACUAAGCAGCUGCGACUGGACCCAAGCAUUUACGAGAGCAUCAUGAAGGAGCGCAUCAGCGUCGGCGACGUCAUCUACAUUGAAGCAAACACUGGCGCUGUUAAGCGCGUUGGACGCAGCGACGCCUACGCAACCGAAUUCGACCUGGAAGCCGAGGAGUAUGUCCCAUUGCCAAAAGGAGAGGUGCACAAGCGCAAGGAGGUGGUGCAAGACGUGACCCUGCAUGACCUCGACAUGGCCAAUGCUAAACCUCAGGGAGGUCAGGACAUCAUGAGCGUCGUUGGCCAGCUUGUCAAGGGACGAAGGACGGAAGUGACUGACAAGCUCAGAGGCGAGAUCAACAGGGUCGUUGACAAGUACAUCGAGCAGGGUAUUGCCGAGCUUGUUCCUGGUGUCCUGUUCAUUGAUGAGGUACACAUGCUCGACAUGGAAUGCUUCACCUAUCUCAAUCGAGCCCUCGAAUCGACCAUCAGCCCUCACGUGAUCCUUGCAACCAACCGUGGGCAGUGCAUGGUCCGUGGUACCGAGUACGAGGGUGCCGCAUCCGGCACUGGCAUUGUUGCUCCUCACGGCAUUCCAUUGGAUCUCCUCGACCGAUGCAUGAUCGUGCGCACAAUGCCCUACGAGAAGGACGAGAUCAGGGAAGUCUUGCGUCUGCGAACCAAAGUCGAAGGGCAUCUGAUCGCAGAAGAUGCUCUCGAGAAGUUGACAGAAGAAGGCGUCCAAAGCUCGCUCAGAUUUGCUCUCCAAUUGCUGAGCCCCUCGUCGAUUCUUGCCAAGACUGCUGGCCGAUCCGAGAUCACCACAAAGGAUGUUGCAGAGGCCAACGAGUUGUUCAUGGACGCACGACGAUCCGCCAAGGUUCUCAUGUCGCUCGGACAGGCGAGUCAAGGCGUACCGAUGGAGACUUGGUGA